AUGAGAUACUGCUAUUGUUCACUUGGUAAUGAAAAGUGUGUAUCUGAUUCUGGUACAUUGUCAAUUAAGAAUUGUAACAAUAAUUUGGAAGUAAGAUCUAGUGUCGAAGAUGGGUCAGCAAUGAUCGAAGUUGCCGAUGAAAAUCAUUGGCGACCAUUUUUAAAUAAGAACGAAUUAUCAAUUUGGACACGAGAUGAGUCAGGCAACAGGAACUCGUACAAGGUGUAUGCAAGUUAUGAUGAUAUAAACGCCAUGGAUUUAUUAAAUGUACAAACUGAUUUAGAUUAUCGAAAAGAAUGGGAUCAGACUGCCGUAAAAUUAGAUAUCAUUGAAACUGAUCCAGAACAUUACGCAAAUUCUCAUCUUAUAUAUUGGGAGAUGCAAUGGCCAAAAUUUUUUGCUAAUCGUGAUUAUGUGUUCAGCCGUCGUUACGUUAUAGAUAGAGAACAUAAUAUAAUAUUGAUAGCAAAUCGAGGUAUUGAACAUCCAGAUUAUCCCGAGAAUAAAUCUUUGAUAAGAGUAAGGGAUUAUUGGAGUUAUAUGCUUAUUAUGCCCUAUACACACUUUGAUGAGCCAGGGGUACAUUUUGUUUUGACUUAUUUUGACGAUCCUGGAAUUUCCAUACCGACAACAUUACAGACUUGGGUUACUGAAAAACAAAUGCCUGACUUUUUGAACCGAAUGUAUGAAGCGACAAAACGAUACGGUAGCAGAAUGUCUGUUCGAAACUUAAGAACCUUUAAUCAAUUCAGAAUAACAUAUGCAUACCAGGACAAGCUUGCAAAAUUGAAAAAGUUAUGGAAAGUGCCAACGCAAAGAAGCUCUACACCAAGAGAUCUCGAUAGAGAUUCUUAUACAGUAAGAAAGAAACCAAAAGCAAUAGAAAAAUAA